AAUUCAGAACAAAAAAAAAAAGAAAAGAAAGACAAAUUGGAGAGAGAGAAAGAGAUACGACUUUGGAGUUUCUAAACUGUUUUAUAAAGAUGGAGCACAUAGAGAUAUUAGAUGUUCAUAACUAGUAAAAUUGGGUUUCUUGACCCAUAAACAAUGUUGUUCCCUCCUCUCCGUUCCCUCUUUUUCCUCACCCUCUUGCUCUCCUCCUUUUGUUUCUUACAGAUCAAAGCAGAUCACGGCGAUGAAAGCGACUUAGACAGUCAUAUCAAAGUAGACAAACGUCUCAAGUUCGAGAACCCGAAGCUACGUCAAGCCUACAUUGCUCUCCAAUCAUGGAAACAAGCAAUCUUCUCUGAUCCUUUCAACUUUACAGCUAAUUGGAACGGCUCAGAUGUUUGCUCCUACAAUGGAAUCUAUUGUGCUCCUUCACCUUCAUACCCGAAAACCCGAGUCGUUGCUGGCAUUGACCUCAACCACGCUGACAUGGCUGGUUACUUGGCUUCCGAGCUUGGUCUCCUCUCCGAUCUCGCUCUAUUCCACAUUAACUCAAACCGUUUCUGCGGUGAAGUCCCUCUCACGUUUAACCGCAUGAAGCUUCUUUACGAGCUUGAUCUUAGUAACAACCGAUUCGUCGGUAAGUUCCCUAAGGUUGUCCUCUCGUUGCCUUCCCUCAAAUUCUUGGAUCUCCGCUACAACGAGUUUGAAGGCAAGAUCCCAUCAAAGCUCUUCGAUAGAGAGCUCGAUGCUAUAUUCUUGAACCAUAACCGGUUCCGGUUCGGGAUUCCCAAGAACAUGGGGAAUUCCCCUGUUUCCGCUCUGGUUCUUGCGGACAAUAAUCUGGGAGGAUGCAUACCGGGAAGUAUCGGUCAAAUGGGGAAGACACUCAACGAGCUAAUCCUCUCCAACGACAACUUAACCGGUUGUUUACCUCCUCAGAUCGGAAACCUCAAGAAAGUGACGGUUUUCGACAUCAGUUCAAACCGUCUACAAGGUCCAUUACCAUCUAGCAUCGGAAACAUGAAGAGCUUAGAAGAGCUUCACGUGGCUAACAAUGGCUUCACAGGAGUUAUUCCUCCAAGUAUCUGCCAGCUUUCUAAUCUUGAGAACUUCACUUACUCUUCCAACUUCUUCUCCGGUCGUCCUCCUGUGUGCGCAGCUAGUUCGUUGGCCGAUGCUGUGGUGAACGGUACCAUGAACUGUCUAACCGGUUUGGCUCGUCAAAGAUCGGCUAAACAGUGCUUAUCUCUGCUUGCUCAUCCUGUUGAUUGCAGUAAGUUUGGAUGUUACAACAUCUUCUCUCCACCACCACCUACGUUUAAGAUGUCACCUGAGGACCGGAAACUUCCUCCUGGAUUUUAUGUGUACUCAUCUCCUCCUCCACCGCCUUAUGUGUACUCAUCUCCUCCCCCACCUCCUUACGUAUACUCAUCUCCUCCUCCACCAUCACCAUCUCCUCCACCUCCUUACGUAUACUCAUCUCCUCCACCACCUUACGUGUACUCAUCUCCACCUCCGCCUUACGUAUACUCAUCUCCGCCACCGCCUGUUGUAUACUACGCACCCGAGACACAAAGCCCGCCACCACCAUCACCGGUAUACUAUCCACCAGUAACACAAAGCCCUCCACCACCAUCGCCAGUAUACUACCCACCGGUGACAAACAGUCCACCACCACAAUCACCGGUAUACUAUCCGCCAGAAACAUACAGUCCACCACCACCGUCACCGGUUUACUACCCGUGGGAAGCACCAAGUCCUCCACCACCAUCACCAGUUUACUAUCCCCCAGUAACACCAAGUCCUCCACCACCAUCACCCGUUUACUAUCCCCCAGUAACAUCAAGCCCUCCACCACCAUCACCGGUAUAUUAUCCAUCGGAAACACCAAGCCCUCCACCACCGACUGAGUACUACUAUUCACCAAGCCAGUCUCCGCCACCAACAAAACCAUGUAACGAAGGCCAUCCACCACAAGCAACACCAAGUUACGAACCAACUCCUGAAUAUACAUACUCAUCAUCACCACCACCAUCUCCUCCGUCCUACUCUGACUCGUUUGUUCCACCGAUUCCAAGUGUCUCAUAUGAUGCAUCUCCUCCUCCUCCUCCUCCGUCUUACUACUAGUUUCAAAACCAUUGAGUAAAAAAUGCAUUGCCUUAUGAUUAACGAGACUACUCACAAUUAUAUUCUUUUGGCUGCGAGACUUUAAUUUGUGUGUUUUGUUGAUUUAAAGAAAAAAAAGACAUUCCAGUUACUUUUUCUUGUAAUUUUAUUUUUUUUUCUUUUAAACAUUUUGUUCUUUUUUCCCCUAACACAGAGCUGCAAUUAGCAGCAAUGGAGUAUAUAGUUUCAGUU